AUGUACGCAUCGCAGGUCAGUCGCCACCAUACAUUCGUCGCAUUCCUUCUCCGGCUCAGCUGUACUGACCCAUGUUCAGAUAUCGAUGGCGACGGUAGAGCAGACUUUUGUUUAGUCAAGUCUGCUAGUGAAAUAGCAUGCUCUCGGAACGGUGGCUGGGGUGACAAGCCUCAAUGGCAGGGUUUCAGUACAGCCAAGGGCAUUCGUGGAACUGUCUUCAACACUGCCCAACCAGACAAGGCCGGCAUAAUCCUUGCGGACCUCAACGGAGAUUUCCGGAGCGAUGUAAUGUAUAUUGGCGAUCAUGGUCAAGUCAGUACAUGGAUCAACAACAGAGGCAGCGGCAGCGGAACAGUACCGAAAUGGAGAUCCGCAGGCCAAACCCAUGCAGGCCAGGCCGUGUCAGGCAUCCAAGACAGCAUCAAGUUUGGACGUAUCUACGGCUCCAACCGUCUUGACUACAUCUUCCUCAAAGAGGAAAAAGACCACUUCGACGUAGUCGUCUGGCAGAACCAAGGCGCUGGAGGAACAAAGCUCAAGGCAGAUGGCAACUACUACUGCGACAUGCGUGGGACUGGCAGCGAUGAUUAUGUCUGGAUCUACCAGGAUGGUCAUGCUGCCGAGAUCAAUGCCAACAUCCACUCCCCGCCUGCGUGGGGACACAAAACCAAGAUCGAGCUUAGGGUUCCUGGGCCGCGACACGGUAUUCAUCUCGCUGACUGGACUGGCGAUGGGAGAUGCGAUGUCAUUGUGCAAAAUAAGGCGACUGGGCAUUUGACAGUGUACAGGAACCAGUACGACAAGGGAGCCGACAAGAUCUCAUUUGACAGUGGUACCGCUGUGGCGACUGAUUGCAACCAAGGCUGGGGUGUUGGAAUCUUUGAUCUGGGAAUGAGAUUCCAUGACAUUGAUGGUGAUGGACGGGCUGAUGCGUUGUGCAUUGAGAAGAAUGGCCGUAUCACUGGUUGGCUCAAUAAAGCCAAUGGCCUGGAGAACGUUGGCCAGAUCAAGUUCUCAGAAGGCUGGGAUCGAGCCAACAUCCGUUUUGCGGAUGUCGAGGCGUCUGGACGAGCCGACCUUCUUCAUGUUGACAAGUACACUGGUGCUGUUGAUGUAUUCACCAACAAAGGUCAUAAAGCUCAAGGUGGUAGCUCGUUCUCUUGGACCAACCGCGGCAUGCUUUACAAUCCUAUUGAUCGAGGCGAGAACAUGGGCGGUAAAGGUCGAGCGGAUUUAGUCAAAGUUGAUCCUCAAACGAACAAGGCUUGGACUUACUGGAACCGGUGUAGCUCGACUGGUGGAGACGACAGUUCCCCAACAAGUAUGUGUCCCUUUCCACCGUUUCUCCAGGGCCCUAAUAUAUACUUACCUUCUGAAGCGGACCCUGGUUUGCCCAAGACUGGCGGUGGUUCUGUAGGAGACGACAUUCCGAUUAUUGACCUACCCGGUAAAGGUGAAGACCAUGACAAGGGCGUCUGCGAAUACACGAUUCAGACCGAGGAUAUCAACAUCGCUCACAGAAGCUGGAAAGACAGCGGCUCGUCUGAGUGGUGGAAGAAGUGGAUUCACGACCACGGAGCAAAGAAAUGGUCCGAUCGCUUUUUCAUGCAAGUCAUGGACACGCCAGGAGGUUCGACUUACGAUUGCACUAUCUUGACUUCUUCGAGCUGCGCCUUGCCCGAGAGCAAAGCCUGCUCCACAUAUAUUCCACCACAAGGCUACUACAUGCACUUCCAGAUAUCUAAUACCUUUGAUGGUUUCAAAACGCUUUGGUGGCAGACUAUCAAGGAAUCCGUAAUCCAGCUCUCCUCGGAGAUCAAGAAGAUUGUCCGAGAAUACGGCACACCUCCCCAGGAAGAAAACGGAGACUUCGUCAACAUGCUCGUUGGCAUCCUGACUUCACUAGCAGGCUUUGGAGCUGCUAAGCCUCUUUUCACUGGCACAAUGACUUCCUUUGCCGGUGUGUUUGCCGCGAUGUCGGCUGGCACGAGCUGGGAAGAGAAGGUCUCACCAGAAACCUUGGAAAAGAAGCUUGAGGAAGCAUAUGGUGAGAUGUUUACUCAGAUCCUCAACUCGACCGACAACUUUGUUGGCAACAUGUUUGGUGGUGUAUCCCCAUCCGGCUGGAGCGACGAUAAGAUGACGGACUUUGUGUAUGAGUUCUUCCGUGAUGGUGACUGGCUCAGCAGGGACAUUACGAAGCCUUUUAUGAACCAUUAUAUCACGCAGGUGCAGAGCAAAUGGGAUGAGUUCGCUGUUGUCAAGGCCAUGAAGUCAAAGAACAAAGCCGAUUACUUCCUCAUGGUCAGUGAUCACCACAACGGCGUUGGCACGAUUCCAACUUAUCAGGACAUGUCUGAACAAGUCUGUAAAGAUCACAUGGAAGGCUGUCUCUGGCACGAGAAGCGCUGCAUCUGUUUUGGCUCCAAAGGCAACGGUCCUGGGAGUAUCGGUGGAGUACGAAACCUCCAAGGCGAUGAGCUCAAGACGCUGAAAGGCUACGUUUUUGACUAUGAAGCGGCUCUCAAGAACAACCAUGAUUGCGUAAAGUAUCGAAUCGACAACCCCAAGCGCUGCGUUUCUGUCAAUGGCAACGUUCCCGAGGAAUGCAAUAUUAAAGACGCCACUGUUCCGGAUUACAACGACAUGGAUAUCGAGAACCCGAUUCAGUAUACCAAGUGCUGGUUCAACUUGCCGCCGGCGAUGGGAUACCAGUACCUCUGUGGAUGGACUGAAACUUGA